AUGCAUGAUAUUAGACUGGGGGCAUCGAGAGGUGGAGAAUCAAAUUUGGGGUGGAAGACCUAUGAUGAACAAUCUAGACUUCGCUGCAGUGUCGACCCCUCCAUAUCAUGGUCUAAAGUAGACUAUGAGUUGUGGCUGAUGUUUAUGGCCUCGCCAUCACUUCAACCACCAGUGGUACCGUUUCAAGAAGCUGGCACCAGAGGCAAGCAGCAUGCCAGAGCCUAUCUCAGUAGAGUUAGUCAACAUGAUUUACAGAUUCAGGUGAAAAAGUUGCUAGAUGCAUCUAUCUCUAAGAAUACCAAGGCAUCAUAUGAAACAGGGCUAAAAUCAUUCUAUAGUUUUCGUAAGGAAUUUGGUUAUGGUCAAUUGUGGCCUCCUUCACUCUAUGAUAUUGUACAGUUUAUUGCUUAUUUGUCUUGUAAAACUUGUUCAUAUGCCACUGCCAGAACCUACCUGUCAGCCAUUAGUUUUCAAUGCAAAAUUCAAAAUUUGGCAGAUGUAACACAAAAUUUCUUAGUGGGUAAACUGCUGGAAGGUAUGAAGAGGAUGAGCAGGUCAACUGAUGCUCGGUUGCCCAUCACAUUACAGCUCCUUACGAAAAAUUUUCAAGUAAUUGUAGAAUCUCCUGAAGUUAAAGUGUGGUGUGUAGGUUCAUCCAUAAUCAAAAGUGCUAUGAGGGAGUCACUAGACAGACCAGGGGGGACAAGUCUAGGACUGGACAGAUUAAACAUGAAUAUCUGGUGGCAGGGAUAUUCAGGUUUGAAGUUACUUAAGUUAAAUAAAAAACUAAAUUGGCUUAAACAUUUUGAAGAAGCACCAGACAUCAUGGUAAUUCAUUGUGGGGGGAAUGAUAUUGGGUCUUUAGAUCUUUACACGCUCCUCUCCAAAAUCAGGUCACAAUUACAGUUGACUAAGACUCAUUUUCCACAGUCAACCCUUGUUUGGUCACAAAUCCUCCCACGUUUAGAAUGGAGACAUUCUGUGGAUAGUAAAGCCAUGGAGAGAUGCCGGAUUAAGGUGAAUAGUAUUGCAGCUUCCACUGUGUUAAAGUUAGGUGGUUGUUACAUCAAGUACCCAGACUUAAUCCAUAACAUUUCUCAGUUUUUGAUGCCUGAUGGGGUCCAUCUUAAUGAGAUGGGUAAUUCCAUCUUCCUAAAUACUCUACAAGGGGGGAUUGAAUUCUUCAUUUUAAAACUAGGGCGGGUAUAUCCCGAUGGUUUCAGUUAG